UCACCGAUUCACCACCAAUGGCAACCGCUGACAAGGAGCAGCUCAUCACCAUCCCCAUGGUCGACGCGGACGAAGCACACACGCUAGUGAGCUCCGGUUAUGGCUACCUCGAUGUGAGGAUGUCGGAGGACUUCGACAAGGGGCAUGCCACCGGCGCUCAGAACAUUCCCUACUACGUCUACGUGGCUCCCCAGGGGAGGGAGAAGAAUCCACACUUCGAAGAAGAGGUAGCUGCUCUCUAUGGGAAGGAAAGCCACUUGAUUGUGGGUUGCUUCACAGGCACGCGAUCCAAGCUUGCGAGUUCAGACCUUCUAAACGCUGGAUUCAAGAACGUGAGGAAUCUUCAAGGCGGCUACCGUUCCUUUCUCCAAAGUGCAACUCAGCAACCCACCAACGAUGAACAGCCAUCUGUCAAUUGAGCUAUCCAGAGAGUUCCAAUUUGUGUUCAUCAUAUACAAUUUAAGUGGAAUAAAUUAGUUGCUUGUGCGUUCUUCUUGUUGUCCAUGUAAAGCCACCAAAGUGGUUCGAAUUUACAAGUGUAUGUGAGUUCAAGGAACAUGAUGUAAUAAAUCGACAAGGUGCUCAAAUCGACAAGGAAUUUCUAUAGCAUAUGUUUGUGCCCUGGUAGUUGAGCUUUCUCA